CACUUCUCUGAAGUCUUUGCUUCAAUGGCUGAUGUUAGAGGCUCAGCCUCUGCGAACGGGAUGUUGUGUUCGGUUCCUGAAAGGCUACAGCUGCAUAUGGCCAUGUUGGCCUUGCAGUUUGGUUACGCACGGUUCCAUUUGGUCUCCAGAGCUGCCCUUAACAUGGGAGAUAGCAAACUUGUAUUCCCAGUUUACAGGAAUAUCAUUGCUUUGCUUCUGCUCCUUCCCUUCGCAUAUUUUCUUGAAAAGAGGGCGAGACCUCCUAUUACUCUAAAUUUUCUGCUACAGUUCUUCCUCCUCGCUCUUGUAGGAAUAACAACAAAUCAAGGCUUCUACUUGCUGGGCUUAGAUAACACAUCACCAACCUUUGCAUCGGCAAUCCAAAACUCUGUCCCAGCCAUUACCUUUCUCAUGGCAGCCAUACUACGGAUAGAGAAAGUGCGGCUAAAUCGAAAAGAUGGGAUAUCAAAAGUCAUGGGAACAAUCUUGUGUGUGGGUGGAGCAUCAGUAAUAACUCUAUACAAAGGUCCAACCAUAUACAGUCCAACCCCACCACUGAAUAGACCCGCCCCGAUGUUUGUUUCACUGGGAGAUGCAGAGGGAAAGAACUGGGCCCUUGGUUGUCUGUAUCUGAUAGGCCAUUGCCUGUCCUGGUCCGGUUGGCUGGUAUUGCAGGCACCCGUUUUAAAGAAGUACCCGGCUAGACUCUCCGUGACAUCCUAUACAUGCUUCUUUGGUCUUAUUCAGUUCCUCAUCAUUGCGGUAGUUUUUGAGAGAGACUCUCAAGCUUGGAUUUUCCACUCUGGCGGAGAACUCUUCACUAUUCUCUACGCGGGAGUGGUGGCAUCGGGGAUUGCAUUCGCUGUACAGAUAUGGUGCAUCGACAGAGGUGGCCCUGUCUUCGUUGCCGUUUAUCAACCUCUUCAGACACUCGUUGUCGCCAUUAUGGCUUCCAUUGCUUUAGGGGAAGAGUUUUAUUUGGGAGGCAUCAUUGGGGCAGCGUUGAUCGUAGUAGGAUUGUACCUGGUGCUAUGGGGUAAAAGCCAAGAGAGAAAGUUUGCAGCUCAAGACAAGGCUGCUGCAAUUCAGUCUACAUCGGAGCACACCAACAUCAGAACAUCAAUCCAUAUCAAGUCGUCCCUCACGAAGCCGCUUCUCCCUCCUUCAACCGAAACUGUUUAACUAGAAAACCCCCAAAAUUUUAACCACAGUGCAGGCUAGCUGGGGAAAAGAAAAAACGAAAACAACAAAUGUGAGGCUACGCCACUACCUAUAUCAGAAAGUUUUAUGUGUGAUUUCUCUGUCAUUUUCCAAAUUUUCAUUAGUCGAUGGCUUUCUCUAAGUAGGAAAGAGAGUUAAAA